AUGUCUAAUCAGAGAAUGAUUGAUAGUUAUUCGUUUAAGAGCUGGUAUUUUGGCGCGACUGGAUGUUGGCUGAUUAAGUUGUGUGCCUUGUUGGUAUGCUUAAAUGUUAUUGUUGGUGCUGGUGAUAUUGAUGGUAUUGAUAGUACACCAGUGCAUACGCAAGUAGAUAUUCCUGGUCAAGAGGAAAUAGUUAAAGCUCUAAUUUCGAUUGGCUUUUGCUUGAAUGAGUCCGCCACGGACUUACACUGCCUUCCUUAUACUACUACGCCAGUAAAUGAGUUGUCUUCUGAAUCUAAUCCAAUUCCGAACUCAUCGGAUCACCUGCCAAAAAAUGCUCCUCUGUAUGUAAUAGAGCGCAUGAUCUCACGUCUUGAUUUUACCUUACCUUACUAUCAAGAUUUAGUUAAGGUUACUGAUGAUUUGGAAAUGUUAAGAAAGAUUGGGGUUUUAAGGGUUGACACGGCCCGAGUUAAUUACGCUUCUUCUAAUCCACUUUUCCAUCAAGAGAACUUAAUGGUACUUUCCCGAGUUGUUAACCUGUUUGACUGUAGAUCUUUGGAAAUUUGCUUUGGUGAUAAUCAGGAUAUGGAUGUUAAUGCUAGCCAGAUGUAUUUUGAUGUCUGCCAGCGAGAAGCACUGGAAGUAACCAAAUGGGCUGAAUAUAAGACUGAUUGCACACUUGUAUUUCUAAGCAAAACCAAUAGCAGUAUCUCCAAAUUGAUAGAUAGUGGUAUUGUCUUGUUGCGGCCGAUGUCAGGUGUCCGUCUAGUGGAGGAGGAAGCCAAAGAUACUUGUCUUAUUGGCCGAUUGCCAUUAAAAGAUGGAUAUAGGAUCCACCUGCACGAUUUGCCCGACCCAAUUGCCCUUGAUUUUGGCUUUCUACAAAACCCUUCUCCUCGAUGCAGUAUGAUUGCUAUUAAUGAGAAUAAGAAUAAGAAAGCUACUGUAACGGGACUUGAGCAUGCUAUUGAUAACCAUCCAGACAUAACUUUGUAUGUGAGUUGGCAGUUCAUCCGUAAUUUAGAUGAAAACACUGACUUGCAAAUCCGAGUUCAUACUAUUAAAGGGCUGGAUGUUGAGCUGUUCUCAAUUAAUCCACUAUUUGCCCCCUCGCCAAGUCAAGCGCCCUAUAAACCCCGAAUAUUUGCUACCAAGCUUGUUUCUAGCAUCGCUCCUCUAAUGCCAUGUGAUCCAAAUGAUCCCUAUAUCCGAGCUUGCUCCCUUGAUGCUUAUCCCAAAUACGGAAUUGUCCCGAGUGAUGUCACUUUUGAGUAUGAGAUGCCUCGACUUGAUUUGUCUACUACCUUAAACAUGCUUCAUUCCAUUGAUGCAUUGCCAGAAACACUAGCGGAUACUGAAUUGAAUAAUGUUUACUGUACUGGUCAUGAUCUCAGCCUCCCCGGUUGGACUCUUCAGGAAACUGUUGACAUUCGACUUGAUGUUGACAACUUAGGAAACCUUCUCCAGCAAUACCAACGCUCCUACAUUAACCACUUCUGUCAGAAUAUGAAAUAUCGGGACAUCAAGAUUGCCGGAGGACAAACCCCAACUCAAAAACAAGUCGACGAUUGCCUUCGACUUCUAGCCCUAUUCCGAAAUCUUAAGACCCAAAAGCUCGAGAUCUUGAAUGUUCGCAAUGCCAAUCAAGAUGCCACCAUGUUUGAUCUGCCUGCUAUAAAGGAAAGGAUUGAUCGGCUGGAUAAGUACCGUCUUGAAAUUAAGACUUUGAUCUUAAACAAUGUUGAUGGUGCGAUUAUUAAUUGGAUAAUGGCCCGUUGCAUGUUUGCCGACUUGGUGGAAAUCCAAAUUUUGAAUCAGCACUACCCUACCCUUGCCAUCGUGCAAAUACUCGCCCUCCCUAUUGCUGAGAAGAUCAAAACACUCACACUCAACAACAUCCAUGACUUAACUGAAGUUAAACAGUACCCGCAACGAGUGCUAAGCAAGGAGUUCUCAAUGUUUAGCUACGUAAACAAUGCAACAGCCGCCGGUAAAACAACUCAAGACCUUGGUCUAGAAAAGGUGUUUUUACAAGUGCGUGAUGUUGUUGGCUCAACAUGUGGCGGUAUUUUGCCUGAGUAUGCGGGCUAUGGUAUUAACGUACCCACUAUGCUAUUUGAUGACUAUCUUCUAAUGCUAUCAACAAAGUCUGUUGUUAACCGGACCAACAAGCUGGAAUUUCUUCUUUACGGUGCCACUCUAAAUGCUUUGGUAUCGGAUUUCACUAACUGCCAAUCCCGGCAACUGCCAAACCAAAAAAGCUCCAUUACCGAACUUUCCGUCUGCUUUACUGACAACCUGCCUUUGGCUGAGCCUACUUUAAUAACCAUUAUUCGCUGGGUGGCCUGCCGAUUUAAAGAUGUGACUACUUUACGACUAGUGAAUGUUACAACAUCUACAAACGAUCUUAAUGUGAUGAGGGCCCGUAAUUAUCUGAUCUGUGGAUUAGAUGCGCUCAGUAGUAUUUUCUUGGAGAAUUCCGACCUGAAUAGUCCUGUUGAUUCAUCUGUUGAGUUGUUAAUCCGACCUCACCGAAUUGGCCUCUUGGCCAAUGUCUCUCAGCCCGAGCCUGAAGCUAUUCAAAUGUCAUACCCAAUGCUACCCCAACUAUUAGCCCACAUUGAUCACCUUAAUGUGCUUACUCCCAGUACGACUGGACCUAACAAGGUUCUCUCGGCGGUUCUGAAGCGUUAUCAGGACAAUCUAAACAGCUCCGAACCCUUUGAGUGUUCCAUUUGUUGCAGAACGCCUUUGGUCCUAAAUAGAAGCGAACAAACUUCUAACCAAGUGCAAACUGAGUCCGUGCCUACACUUCAAUCUGAUUCCUUAACUCACCUCACCAUAAUGUGUUAUUUCAAAUGUGGGCAUGGCGUCUGCAGUAAUUGCGUGAUUGGUAUUCACAGCCGGCCUAACAAUCCGUGCCCAAUUUGCCGUAAUCCCAAUGUGUGUGAGAACAUUCACCGACUGGUAAGUGCCCCGCUAUCUUGUUUUGUCUUUGCUGACGACAGUCUCAACACGCCAGCCCCACAUCCCGAUUGGCCUAACAACCUCGCCUGCAGUGACGAACAGGUAUAUUUGUACCUCUCUUAUCGAGACGGUACUGGCCUUGCCGUCAUAUUCGAUGGUGAGGUGGCAUACAGUGCCCCAGGAGAAAUCCACGUCAUUUAG